GCUCUCCAUUUUGUUUUCCACGGCGAAACCUUUUUUGCUACAUCAGAUUGCAUUUUUACACCACUUACUCGAGCGUUUGUUUAAAUUUAAGUGUUUUAAAGCAACCAACAAACAAUGGGACGCAAGAAGAAGAAGGCCUCCAAACCCUGGUGCUGGUACUGCAACCGAGAGUUUGACGACGAGAAGAUCCUGGUGCAGCACCAGAAGGCCAAGCACUUCAAGUGCCACAUCUGCCACAAAAAGUUGUACACCGGACCGGGGCUCUCCAUCCAUUGCAUGCAGGUGCACAAGGAGACGGUCGACAAGGUGCCCAACUCGCUGCCCAAUCGCUCAAACAUUGAAAUCGAAAUCUUCGGCAUGGACGGCAUUCCCGCCGAGGAUCUCAGGGAUCACGAGCGUCAGAAGAAUGGCGGCAAGUCGGAUUCGGACGACGAUGAGCCGGUGGCCAAGAAGAAAGUGGAAUAUGCCAUGAGCGUACCGCCGCCCAUGAUGAUGCCCCCGAACAUGAUGCCGCCACAUAUGCUGGGCCAAUAUGGCAUGGGCAUGAUGCAGCACAUGCCGCCGUUGCCUCCGUACCCAGUGCCCAUGAUGCCGCACAUGAUGCCGCCGCGUCCCCUCUUCCCAGCCGCCAUGGCCACCACCUCGGCGGCAGCUGCUGCGGCUGCGGCCCAUCAUCACCACGCCGCCGCCAUGGCCCAGCAAAAGCCAACAUUUCCAGCGUACAGUAAUGCUACCAUAAGUGCUCCGCCCACCACCAAUCAUGCUGGUGGCGCAACCAGCGCACCACCAAGUGGUCCGCCCGAUGGCCAGCAACAUCAGCAGCGACCACCGGUUCCGCCAGCGGCAGGCGGCGCUGCCACCGCUGCUGUUACCACCAAGAUCAUGCAUCCGCAGGAGGACAUAAGCCUAGAGGAGUUGCGCGCCCGACAACCGAAGAUACAGGCGCGUCUGGCGGCCGCUAUGGCUGCCCUGGCGAACCCACAAAACCGCAAGAGUCCCAGUAACAAUGGCGGUGCCCUUGCGUCGAUGCCCGCUACUCCGCCGCCCCCGUCGCUGGCCGGGAUCUCGCCCACCGGCAGCAACAGCAGCAGUGGCAUGGCUAACGCGAUUGCCGUCUCCACAGCCAUGUCGAAGGCCCAGGAAACCGCCGCUCUAGUAGCCGUGGCACAGGCUCAGGCUCAGGCGCACGUCCAUGCUGCCCAAGCCCAGGCUCAGGCCCAGGCGCAGGCUCAGGCCCAAGCUCAGGCUCAGGCCGUGGUCCAGGCCCAGGUGCAGGCCGCCCAUGUGGCCCACGCUGUGGCAGCCCAGCAGCAGGCGGUGCACCAGCAGCAGCAGCAAGCGGCGCAGCAGCAACAGCAGUCAGUGGCGCAGCAGCAGCAACAGCAACAGGCCGUGGCACAGCAGCAUCAUGCGGCUCAGCAGCAGCAGGUCAAGCAACUGGAGGAACUGAAUCGGGCUGUGAUGCUCCAGCGCUUUCAGGCUGCCCGGCAGCCGGCAAAUCCUGGCGCUGCGGCAGCGGCUGCGGCGGCCGCAGCCGUCGGCAUGAUGCCGAUACCUGGCCACAUGCAGCUGAUGCAGCCGAUGUUGAGACCGGCCAUGGCCUUUGGUCCGAAUGGAGCUCUGAUCGGCGGGAAUAUGCUAAGAGCAGCCGGUGGACCCGGAUUCAAUGGAAUGCCUGCAGGCCUGCUGCCGAUGCAGAUAGGACUGCCGGGAAUGCCGGGUGCCUUGCCCGCUGGAGCGAUGGCGAUGCCUGGAAUGGGCGUGAUGCUGCAGGGACAUCCAAACAUGCUGCAGAUGAUGCAGCCGCGCUUCAGAUGAUGUCUGCCCGCUGCGCCGGGUCUGUUGCAGGCGCCAGCAGGCCAGCCGCCAGCGCACCUGCAACCGCAGCCGCAUCCUGCGCGUCCCUUCUCCAGGACGACGCCCGCUCUGCAGGCUCACGCUCAGCCGCCGCUGUUGAGCCUGCCGCUGCCACUGCUUUUCCACGAGUGAGGCAAGAGGAUGAUCAUGCUUAUAGUUGCAAACGGCAAACAGCGCGCGCACUCAGCAAGCAAGUUGUUUUGAAAACUCCAACCAAAGUCAGUUCUUUUUCAAUGUAUAACAGUUUUUGAGACACAACACACACCCCACACAUACACCCACUUCUUGGCCCCACGCUACCCACUAAUCAGCGGUUAUGCCUAGUAAACCAGUCGAUGUCAUCUAUAUAUAUAUAUAUAUCUUUCGUUCAUCUAAAGCACUCCAUUCUAGCUUUUGUUCCAAUCCAAAUUGUUUAAUUUCCCCAAUCCGAACUUCUCGAUGUGCGUGCAUAAUUACAUCUUUUAGAUAUAUAUUAUUCGUGCUCUCUCUGUAUAACACAAUGUACCACACACAUACACACACUAACACUAAACAUCUGAAGCUACUUUGCUGUGCUGUAGAUCUCUAUCUUUUAUCUGUAUCUAUAUCUGUAUAAUCAACAAAUUAAUCGUUGACAUUAUCUAUACAAAAUGUUGUUUUUUUAACAUUCUCUUUCUUUUUUUUAGUUUCAUUUAGUGAGCAUAUAUUUUAAACACAUCCACCUACACUCACACACUCAAGUUGUUUAAUUAUAUCUCCUCCAAAACAAAUGAAAACCGAAAAGAAAAAUCCGAAAAUCUUCGAAAUCACACAAAAGCCAAAAAACCAAAAAAACCUGAACGCUCAAAGCUCUGGGUAUGUUGACAAUUGCCAUAAGCAGCAUUUUUGUGUUGUUUUUGUGUUAUUCGUGCGUAAUUUAUACUUUCGAUUCUUUCUGUCCAUGUGAAAUGCUCUGCAAACUGUUACAAUGUUAUACAAUUCAUACAACUACUUCCGUUCAGGCCCCAUGUUGUCUAUACCUUCGUUCAUUCGUUCAGUUGCGGCUGACAAAAAGUAAGUCCUAUCUUUCUUUACAUAGUAUAUUUAACUAUAUACAUACAAAACAUAUUUAUAAAAAAUAUUCAACAUUUCUUUGUAUCGUUUCUGUUCUUUUGGUAUGUAAUAUAUAUAUAUUUGGUGUGUGUCAUCGCGAGACAACAGAUCAGAGCAGGUAUCUACCUUCAAUUUGUUUUUCUUUUUUAAUAAUUAUAUAUGCAUAUUAAAUACUAUCUAUCCUAAGUCAUUUGGUUAUGGUAUGGUUGGUACUAAACAACAAAAACACCAGAGACAACUACAAUAAAUCAACUAGAUCCCCAGUUAAAUCACUAUAUAGCUUAUAGAGUUGCCUGUAGAGGGCAUCUAGAUAGGAAUUUCUCACGUGUUAGUAAGUACACUCGAUACGUUGUUUUGGGAUCGAUCUUAAUGCUUUUGUUUUGUUAUUACCGUAGUGUUCUUCCAAAACUCCCAGUUAUCAUCUAGCUUCCUUUCCACAACUUCAAAUAGUUAUUGAACUAAUUAAAGAUAAUACUCGAUAACUUGAUCCUUCAUUGAGGCACUCAGCUCAGUCUUUUGUUAAUCCGAUGGUAAACCUAUGAAAUUGUAGCUAGCAUAAGUAGUCGAUUGACAGUUAAAGAGUACUAGUCGUAACCAUUUUGUUUUGUUAUGUUUUUAUGGAAAUCAGCAUGAGUCAGAUUGUUCUUCGUGCCCCGGCGAGAUCUUCGAAUACUCCUAACCCAGUGUAGCCUAGGGUAGUUAGACUUAGCACUCAGAAUCCUGGAGAGCACCACACGUCGUCACACUAACUAACCUCACCAUUGUUUGAGUAUACCUCUAGUAAACACUUGUAACCCAACCAUAUACUACUAUAUAUCUAUGUAUAAAUACAUGUAUUAAUGUAAUAAUACCGUGUAACUUAAUCAUAAGCAAUGACAAGUGAAGUGAACUGCCCAAGAAGAAGCGAGUGAAUCCGAACAUAUUCCCCUCACUCGGGCCAGUUUAGCGCAAAAUUGAUGUUGGACUCUCUGGUCUGGCAAAUUAGCCGCACCGCCAUCGGGAUAUCGCCGGCCGGCCAUAUCAAUUUCGUUGGCCCGGUUCGAUAGUCCUGCGGUGUUAGAACGGCGUGCUUCAGACGAGAGUACCUCAAUGCAAGACAGACAGUAUCCCAGAUUCGGUGGCACUACUCGUAUACGAUUCACACACUAUCCCCCGACUAAAAUCGCAUCUGUACACAGUACUCGUACUCGUAGCAUAUAUUCUCUCUCUCUGGUAACUGUAUUGCGAAGAUUGUAAAUAUUUUUGAUGGACGCAUUUCAUUUUGUAGAGUUGCUUUUACUUAUCACUUAUGCUUUAUUUUUGUCGGGAAUGCAAAUAAACUUAAAUUUUUUGUUCGAAUCGAAAGUCUUGAGGUAUUUAAAAAUGUUGUAACUAAAAUCGGUUAUAAAGUUUCAAGUUCUGGAAGCCUAAGAAGUGUUUUUUAACCGAUCGGUCAUAACGUUUUAUAACCGAUCGGUCAUAACGUUUUUUAACCUUUUUGAUAUUUUCAUUAUAUAUUUUUAAAUUAAUAACAUUUUUUGUUUGAAUAAAAAGUCUUGUUAAGGUAUCUCAAAAUAUUAUAAGUAAAAUCUGUUAUCAAGUUUCAAGUUUUGGAAACCUUAAAAAGUAUUUUUUGAUCUAAAGCUGAUAACUUUUUAAACCUUUUUGAUAUUUUAAUUAUUUAUUUCUAAAUUAAUUAUACACUUUAUGCGGCAAUAAAUAAAAUAGGUAUAUAAAAAUAUUUAGUUAACAAAGUUUUUAAUUCGUUGGUUUAAUACACGCUUUCUAAUUGCCAUUUAAGGGCUGUGUUAUGUUAGUUAAUCAUGAUUGUUAAAUAGAGUCAAAUCAAAUUGAAUUUACUUUCGUUUAUGUUUAAGUUUCGCUUGCACUUCCCGUCCGUAGUCAAGUUUUAGUAUUCUUUUUUGGUGGUGGUCCUUACAAAUCGCAAUAAUUUCAUAUUACAAAUUAAUCUUUUAACCAUUCAAUUCUAUCCAUGCAAUGCACGCGUUCAUUUGAAACGAGUACAGCUAAAAGGCUACAAGUUUUGUUAACAUUUAAUGGGCUUUAGGUGUUUUGCGAAAGGAAAAGAAAACUAAGAUCUAAGAAUUAAAGUUGAAAAUUACAAAUUAGACCACCGAUCUUCGUCUGUCUUUGCGCUGGGCGACACGCGAGUAGCUGAACAAAUGGCAGUCACUGUAAUACUAAACCCCACACAACCGAUCCCAGGCGUAAAUGUCUGCUGCGUUCAGUCGAAAGCGUGUCACAUUAAUUUUGCUGAGCGAAAAGUCCCCUGCGUCCGUCCUCCCCCCUUCUAUCUAUAUAUAUAUAUAUCUAUAAAGUAAGUGGUAUAUGUCUAUCUUUGGAUUAUGUUUUGCAUGCCCUGAAGAGUAUGCCUUCCGACCACAAAAAGUACAAGUUCGAAUCGGACGCAGGCGAUGUGCCGGAGUUUAGUCAGGAGAUAUACUAUAUCUGUGUGUAUCGUAACUCUGAGGCGAGGGCACAUCACAGUUAUUGAGCUAACUGUUGGACUUUUCGGUCCUUGUCUUGCGACCACCCAAUCGUUAUAUCCACACCGCAUAACACCACAACUAUAACCAUAUAUAUGGGUAUCAGACGAACCGAAUUUGCAUACUACGCGUCUUGUACAAUCUACACCACCCGUCGGCCGAAUCACCAACCACCACAUCGACCACACCAUUUCUCAGAGCAUCCGUAUAAAGAUGGAUCCAAAAGAGAGAUAUGCUAUACGAUAAUGUUUGUUUACACAUUUUGUUUAGUGUUGAUUUACUCAUUUUAUCAAUAUAAAAUUAAUCAAUAAUGCUUUGAUAGUUGCAACUACUUUUUUUGGGAAAGUAUUUCAAGAUCGAACAAUUUUCAAACUAAUCAACAAUAAGAAUUUGUUUUGCCAAAGAUCUUUGAAGCUUUCGACCAAAGUUUUUUUUUAUUAAUUAAUCUUUGAGUAAAUAUAAAUGUUAACCAUGUUUAUACUUUUUUUCAUAAGCUUUAAGCCAUUUUUGUUGCAUUUACUUUUAACUAAAGCUUACGGAAUUAACAAAUCAAUUUUUCCUUAUCCAUUUCUGUUCGUUCAACAAAUAUAAUCACACAAAAACUUAGCUAAUGCCUAUAUUAUAUUUAAAGCAAAUGCAUAAAAUCAAAAACCAACAAAUUUGCCUAUGUUAAAUCAUUUUUAAUGUUGUAAUGUAAAUGAAAAGAUGCAAAAAAAAAACAGAAGGAAAACAAAAAAAUAUAGAUUUAGCAUUCUUGUACGUAAAAUGUUUUUACCAAAACGAAAAAAAAGAAAGUAUACAAACAGCAAGUUAUAUAAGCAAUUGUUUAAAUUCUUUUAAACUAAAUAUAAAUCUAUAAUUAGGAAAACAAAAA